AUGGAUCCGGGAGCUGCGGCGUUCAAGGACCCUGUUGCGCAAAAGGACUUGGCUGAGGUUGCGCAGAGUGCGAUCGACACGGCCGAGACGUAUCUGAAUGCCGACCAGCUGGCGGACGCCGUGAAUGCGAUAAUCGUUGCGGAGAAAGAAUGCAGAAAUAACGCGGAUGGGGCGUCUGGGGCGAGGUUGUGUGUGUGGUUACUGAAGAAGUUGUUUGAGGGCGGAAAGGUGGACGACGCGUGCGAAUGGGUGAUGACGGCGAGUAAGAAGCGGUCUCAGUUGAAGCGUGUGCAGAUUGACCUGGUUCGGGAGGGGAUGGAAUGGAUCGGACGGAUGCCGGACCGGGCGACGAAGUACAAGUUGUUGGAUACGUUGUGUAAAAUAACAGAAGGCAAGUUGUUUGUAGAGGUGGAGCGUGCGCGAACUAUUUUACAGUUAGCGCACGUGAAGGAGGAGGAGGGUGACAUAGCUGCUGCGGCGGCGGUGAUUCAGGAGGUGCAGGUUGAAGGCAACAUUUACAUGGACAAGUUUGAAAAGGGUUUCUAUUUGCUUGAGCAGAUGCGUCUAGUCAUCGCGAAAGGCGACUGGGCGCGGUGUCAGAUUGUAGCCAAAAAGGUGAAUAAGAGAACGAUUGAGGGAGAGGGUUUUGAGCUGAUUAAGCUCAUGUUUUACGGUUACAUGGCGCAAUACUAUAAUCACGAGAAAGAUAUGACGAACCUAGCAGAGUGUUACGCGUCUUGCCUGAACAGCAAAUUGGACGCGGAGUCCGUCGACCUCAAGAAGCUUGAGGCGUUCCUGCCGGCGGAAAUCGACAUUCAGUUCGGCGAGGGUAAGAAACUUGAGCUAUGGUACUUGUCUUCGCUGCUGAUUGCGCUGGCCGUCAGCGAGGAGAGCCCGGAGAAGGUGAGCAGCAUCCGUGUGGUGCUCAAAAAGCACGAAAAGGCGCUCCGCAAACUCACUCAUAUUCGUGAACUGGGUGAACAACUCACCCAAGAUGAUGUUUCACCAUGGCAACCCGGGUGCAUACAAACGGUUCUACAACACCCCCUCCUUAACUCCGAUCAACUCCUACCCGACGUUGAAGACCGACGCAAGGCUCUCGAACUCGCAUACCUCCAUCACAACCUCGUCGUAGUCUCUAAAUUCUACAAACGGACCAGUCUACAAGGACUCAGCAAACUCCUCUGCUUCAACCAAGAAGAGACAGAAGACAAUCUGUGCACACUCAUCCUUAAAGGUAACAUACAGGCCAAAAUCAACAGACCUGCAGGUAUCGUCGUCUUCAACCAAACUCGAGAGGAAGACGCCGUCAACAACUGGGCCGCCGCCAUUUCCCGCACUCUUGACGGGCUCUGCGAAGCUUGCAACCUGAUCGACAAAGAAUGCCAAAAGACACCCCUGUCCACCUGA